GCUUUUUUCAGUUUUCACAAUUAGAGUAUUGGCAUUUGGGAUUCCGGCAGGAAACUCUUCCGGUAAAGAGACGAAAAAUGGCGGUUUCAUCGUCACCGACACUCUCCGCUCUCUACUUCAGCACCAAUCUUCUCUCAAGUUCUCCUGCUGCUCGGGCUCCCUUCGAUUUGCCAUGCUCUUCCUUCGCUUGCCGCCGCGGCCAUUACACAGCCGUCGUUUGCUCUUACAAACCGAAGAGCGAAUUGGCUACUGGAGAUAAGAGGUCGUUACUGGAAAGCUACGGUCUCGAUCCUAAUGCUUUCUUAUCAGAGUCCGCCCCUAAGGGAAGGACAAGAAAAGAAGGGAAGAAGACUGAAAGAGGGAAGCAAGUCACGGAAGAGAAGGCACCUGAACCUGAAAGGACUACCCACAGGCUGCUUCAGGUACUCGGAGGAAAGGCUAAAAGAAAGAAGUUGCUUUCGCCGAAGGGGAUGGAUGUCAGGCCAAUGAUGGAAGUGGUUAAAGGUUCAGCUUUUGACAUAUUGCAGGCAGCUGGGGGCUGUCCUGCAUCUCUAAGGCCUGGGCGCUGGUUAGAUUUGUUCAGUGGUACUGGAUCAGUUGGUAUUGAAGCUAUCAGUAGGGGAUGUGUUCAGGCUCAUUUUGUUGAGAUGGAUCCCUGGGUUAUUUCAAAUGUUCUACAACCAAAUUUGGACUGGACUGGAUUCCUAGACUUGUCAGUUGUACAUGCUGUUCCUGUUGAAAACUUUCUAAAGCAGGCACAGCAUUUUGUAGGUGAGGACAGGACAUUUGAUUACAUCAGUGUUACACCUCCGUAUAUGCUAGUUGACUAUGGCAUAUUGAUGGAUCUCAUUUCAAAAUCAGGCAUAAUUGGAGAAAAUACAUUUAUUGUGGUGGAAUAUCCUCUAAGGACAAACAUGCUAGAUUCAUGUGGAUGCCUCAUGAAGCUAACUGACCGGCGCUUUGGGCGUACUCAUUUAGCAAUAUACGGACCCACAUGGGCUCAAAAGAAGAGAAAGUAAGAGAUUUUGCAUUAGAAAAUGACAAAAGUUCGACUGCAGCUGAACAUGUGAGUUGGGUUUCAAAUUGUUGUCGUCAACGAAAGCUCCUUCAGCUAAUCCCAGGUCUUGAGACAGCAGCUUUGAUUGUUCUGCAAGGUACUCUUUCUUGAUACGGACUUAUGGUUGCUUUCUCCGAUUGUACAAUUCGUGACGAAGGUUGUAUAUAUAUGUAUACACACAUCCUUACAGGUUUUAUGUUUCAUUCGCCUCUUAGGUAGCCCCAGGGUUGCUAGAUUAAUAUGGACUGCUUGGUUGACAACCUUACGAGCGAACUUCCCCAAUUGUAAGAAAUGCAUAAAAUAUUUAUGUAUUUUGCCUAAGCUCAAGGCUUAUGUCAUUCUGUACUCUACAGAUCCUUCACUUUCUCUCAUAACCAACAGCGUUUCAUCGCUGAAACUUUAUCCAGUUCUAUGAUUCCCUGAAUCCUAAGAGUUCACUAUACGCAAGUCUAGAUCUAAAGAUGUUCCAAAUCUUGCAAUUAAUCUGGUCAAGUAUUUGUAUGCACAUGAAAUCCUAAAUUCCUCAUCUAUCUUAGAGGACUAACAAGUCUACAUCUGGCCUGACUCUUCUACUUACAGUUCAGUAACUAGGAUUAUUAUUUACAUAAGGAUGACAGCAUCCUUUUGCGUAUUUUUAAUAGCAUUCGAUCUUUAUCCUGAUAAAAUAUCAAUUGAGAUGGGUUUUACCUAUCCGGAGAUGAUUCAUGAGUUAUUCCCCUUGUCAAAUUGUUUUGAAUACUUCAACAACUGAGUAGCGAAGAAGAAUUGAGAUUGAUAUUAUCAAUCCAGAAACGGUCCUUUAGUUAUUCCCUUGUCAAAUUGUUUUGAAUAGUUCAAUAACUGGAUAGUUGCGUUUUGUUCAUCUUCAUGCAUCUCUUCUAGGAAUGUACUUAUUUUCCAGUGCUGUUGUCAAACUUUCGUUCCAGCUGCUUCUCCUUUCUGUUUAAGAUACACAGGCAUAAGGCAUUGUCAUAGAACAUGAUAAGCUUCUGAGCAUCUGCCUUUUGCUUUUCGUAUCAGUUUGGGUUCUUUUCUGGUCUUUUCCAAAAUUUAUCCAACUAUUUCAAUUCAGUGGGGCAGUGGGACCACACCAAUGAACUUACUAAAGUGGGGUUAGGAAAAAAGCACAUGGUAUGGAUUCUUAAGAGUUAAAGAAAAGGAGGAGGGAUAUAUGCAAGAGUGAGGAAAAACCAUAUAAAGGAGAUGAAAUACACACGUAACCUGUGCUAAGGUUCUAUAUCAGCCGGCGGCAUGAAUCUAUUAUGUCUUAAUCAAGUUGGACCAUUGCUAGUCCAUCUAGGGCUUGAAUGUGUGCCAGUCAUAUGCAAGUUGAAUGAGAUGUUGAAAGACAGUUCUUUGCAUAUAGCAAACCUCUGAUUAAACCAAAAGGAAAGAGUUAUGGUUCUGUCUUGUUGUAGUGACUCGAGUAGUUUUCUAUCCCAUCCAACUGUCCCUUAGAGAGAUAUUUUUCCGUUAAUGUUCUGACUCCUAGAUAGGCCGACAUGGAUGAUUGUUGUGUAAAGAAAGCAAUUCAGCUUCGAAUAAUUCACUAGGCAUAUUUUCUUCCGGUUGAUUCUACGGUGUUGCUUCCUGCGACAUGGUAAGCUACAGCUUCCUUGCACUGUUUCACAGGCUGAAGCAUCACCAUCAUUUUCAUAUUGUUGCUGCAAAGUAGCCAUUUUCUCCCAACCCAAAAAAAUAAAGUACCGUUUCCUUUUUCAGUUGUGAGCUCUUUUUAGGAUCACCCAUUAACUAGAUGAUCUUGCAGAUUUGUAUUUGUUAUAUUUUAGAAUCAAACUGUUGGUUUGGUCCACCACCUGCUGUGUGCUGAAGCUUGUUUCCUUCAACUGUCAUUCUCAGCAUGUUCCUUUCACUUGUAAGUUUUUAAUUGCCAAUAGUGCACUGAUACCAACAAACUGUGUGUGCGCUCCCCUAUGGUAAUCAUUUGGGGUCCGGCAAUUGGAAGGAGUUUUGUCCACUGUGAAUGCACUUGAUAUUUGUACCCUGGAUUUUGUCUCUACUAUCUUCAGCUGCAGUUUUGCUAGGUAACAUCACAAAUCUACAUCAUUCUAGGAACUCUCAAUGUGUAAGAGUAAUACCACUUCACAGCUAAGUGCAUGAGACAUGGUUUUUAGAUGUGGUUUAUUCAAGAGCAGAAGUUAGUGAUAUCCUGUUUCUUGUGUUCUGUGAAAAGGAAACCACGCUUUCCACCUUCAUCUGUGAACUGAAGGAAGAAGUCCUUUACUGAAAGAGAAAAUUGGUUUGCCUGUUUACUGAUUUUAAUUCUUCUUAGUUAGAAGUUGGCGUUCCUUUAUAUGAACUGAAAAUGCAACAUAACUUGAUCAGAUACUUGGUUUCUAAGAAAACUAGUACCCCACAGAAGAAUCUUACUUCUGUUGCUUUUCCCUUCAAAUUUGACUCCUUUGUGUUUGAAAGAAAGAUGACCUAAUAUUGAAUGAAUUCUUGUCUGAUAGUUCCUCAAUCACAGCAAAACCCAUCUUGUAUACCAGCAUUUAUAAUCAUUGUGGGUCCUUUUGUCUCAUGGAUCUUAUUUUACUCUGAUGAUCCAUUUGUUCUUUUUUGAAUUCAUGUCUCUGGUAUAGUUUCACUUUCAAUUAAUUCCCUUGUCACCUGAGUUUCUCUAACUAUUAGUUGAGUACUUGAGUUACAUGGAUUGUUUUGUGGGGUUGGACCAAUUAUGUAUACCUGCUCAUUUGAUUUUGUGGGGAAUGGGGGCACUAGGCCCUAUGUCUUUUAUUCGACCAUAGGAGUUGGAGGAGAAUAUGAGGUCAUAUUGGUCUCUGCAUGAAAACACACAAGCCAAAUCAAAGCAAUGCCAUGGACCCGUUCUAUAUAUAAAGCAACAAGGGUAACGAACUUUUUUGUUUUUUGGCUCUCUGACUGACUGUCUGUCUCUUUCUCUCUCUCACUCUCCCUCAGUCACACACAUACACACAGACACUCACAGUCUUGUGUCCCUGCUUCUCUUUUAAAUAAAACCAAUAAGCCCCACCCGCCAACAUUGCUUGCCUUGCUCCUCUUGGCUCCAUUUCUUCUCAUCUUCUGCUCUGGGCUGGAGGUUGAUAGACCCUUUGAAGCCACCAUGGUUGUAUCAAGUUCUUUACUGAUUGCUUCUGUGACUAGUCAAAUAUUCAUCUCCAUGGGAAAGUAGUUGGUCCGUAGAAGGGGAAAGAAAAAUGGGGAAGGGUGGUAGUAGUGUUUUAAGAGUUAUCUCUGGAGCUGCGUUGUUGUUUGGGGUAGUUUGGUUCUUGUGCGUUGGAGUCUUAGCAAACCAUGCAACCAGAAAAUUGCAGAGAAUUGCAGUUUCAUCAACUGGGAGGUACCACUUUCAUGAGGGGUCGGAUCUCAAUUAUGUCAGCAAGAGAAGAGUGCCCAAUGGACCUGAUCCAAUACACAACAGGUAAUGACUUUCAAAACUUAAAUCUAAUUCUUCUUUUAGUUUUUUCUGUCAAAAUGAUCAUGCAUUCAUAUUAAGGUUAAGCAUUACCAAGAAUCAGUCAGCUAUAACUUCCUUCUGAUCACUGUAUCUAUCUGAUGCUUGUCAGAGCGGGAUCUGAAUUAUGGAUAGCAGUAUAGCAGAGUAUGAACAUCUGUGUUUUUCUUUCUUAGCGUGAAAACAAAGCUAUUAGUACUGAAGUAUAGAACUAUGCUCAUAGCUUGUGUAUAAUAAGAUAUAUGGGUAUAUAAACAAAGAUGAACACGCCCAUCCUUGAUCCUAAUUGGAAAUGCAUCGAAAGCUGAUAAUGGUGUAGCACCUCUUUAGCAAAGCUUCUUUAGUUGUCAAUCUUUCUCUUAUUUUUAUAAGAAAUAGAAGCCAUCGGGGAAUGGACCUGGACCACUUUAGGUGAUUUAGAAAGUCCCUAGUAAUUGUAUCUCUAGCUUUCAUAAACAUUUAGUGAACUCUCUUUUGUUAAUUUGGUCCAAUAUUAGACUAAAGUUAGCUUUGUUAACUAGCUGUCGGCAAGCUGUCUUUAUCCAAAUGCAGCAGAAACAUAUCAGGAACAUUAGUAAUGCCUACUUCUACUAACACUGCAUCUGCUUUUUCCAGGAGAGCGUCCCAGUCCAGAAAGCCACCAGGUCGAACAUAGCAUCAGGGAUCGUGACACCCUCCGAGCUGUGAGCCACUGAGUUCAGCAUCUGAGUAGUAUAGGUUUUUCUUAAUACAGUUGUGUCAUUACUAAUCUAGUAAAGGGUUUUUGGAGAAUCAUCCAAGUUGUGGUCGUGUUCGAUGACCAUCGGAGCAGUGAAUCAGAAGGUCGACGAGGAGCGGCUCCCAUGCAGCGUGCUGCAUCUACGAGGAAAGAAAGGGUACACCUUUGGAGGGGAUUCGUGUUCCUUUGUUUAAUCAAAGGGUUCUGCAAAAGAUGAAAGCUGGCGAGGGGUCUUUGCUUUUGCAUGGAGGGAGUGUUCCUUUGGAACACCAUCCAAGAAAGAAAAGGUUCCUUUGUCUCCGUACGUGAUUAUAUUCGUGCUUCUUAGUUUGCUUUGCUUUUGUAGAGGAAGUUGCUUGCUUGCUUGCUAGUAUUCAUCUACUGCUGCUGAUAUCUCUUUUGAAAAUGGAUUGGCUUUCUUUCUUUCUUUCUUUUACUACACUUUUGCUUUUGGUUGUUCAAAAACACCAGGUAAAGCGUAUUUUAGCCAUUAAGCAAAGGUGCCCCCUUUCUUUCUCGACCAUUGUUUUUAGGCUUCAAUCGUGCUGCUGUUGCUGUUGGUUUCUGCCUUUUCCUUUUUCAAGUUUAUCUUGGGCGAGACCAGUCUUGUGGAAUCAUAUAUACUAGGGUUCGUUUUGAAAUGUUUGUAGAAACAGAGGCUCAACUCAACGUCUUGCAUGUGAAUUUCAAUCGUUGCGUUUGAUGUUCAACUAUUUCUGAUGCGGAAGGACACUUGUCCGAGAAUGAAGAAAUUCAAAUAUUUUCCUACUACAGUACUAUCCAUGCAUUUGAGAUUGUGCUGUAGUUGGUGCAUGAUAAUUUUCUAAGGACAUGUAAGGGGCCACUUUUCUCCUCUAACAAACGCAUGAAAAAGAUGGGGUCAAAAUGAGAAUCAAGACACUGUCUUCACUUACUAGUUACUUCAUUUACAGGUGGGUAAUCAGUAUAUAUAUUGUAGUAUUCGAGAAAUCAUUUCUCUGAUGAUUAAAUCGCACUAUAAAAAUUGCACAAUGAUGGAUUAUUGAUAAAAAUCACCUGUAAGUUGUAAUUAGUCGGAAAAGAAAACUUAACUGAAAUU